GAUUUGCAGAAAAAUUUUCCAUCAAAAUUUUCUGCACCAGUGGUCGUUGCUUUAUUAGAAUUUGAAUGGGAAAUGUAUUUGGAGAAGCAAAAAAAGGAGUUGAAAGGAGAGAUGUGGGCAUUUGAAUAUAAAGCAGUUGCAUACGUCAAUGGUAUUCUAAUUGGUGGACCAGUCGACUUAUUGAAGUGGGCUAUGGAAGAAUGGCAGUACACAGACUACAGGCCAGAGACUCUCUACGAAGCACUCUCUGCUGAAGCAUAUAAUAAUUACCUAGUUAAAACAGAACACACAUUCGUUUUCUUGGAAGUUUCAAUUGGCAGUGAACCAGCUGGGAAAUUAGUAUUUGAGCUGUACACAGACAAGUGUCCUAAAACUUGUGAGAAUUUCCGAGCAUUGUGCACCGGAGAGAAGGGAGAAAAGAAGGACGAGUCCCUGAUGCCGUAUCACUAUAAAAACAGCAUUUUACAUCGCAUCGUUCCCAGUGGAUGGAUACAAGGAGGAGAUAUUCUUAAUGGAGUUGGAACUGGCGGUGAAUCAAUCUAUGGUCCAUUUUUUGAAGAUGAGAACUUUUCUGUGCCGCAUGCAAGUCGUGGAAUGCUGGGAAUGGCAAACCAGGGUAGACACACCAAUGCAUCACAGUUUUAUAUAACAUUGCAGCCUGCCCCAUGGAUGAAUACCAAAUACGUUGCAUUUGGGAAACUUGUUGAAGGAACACAUCUGUUGGCAACAUUAGAAAACCAAGAAACAUAUAAUGAACGCCCUAAGAAGGAGUGCAAGAUUACCGACUGUGGUGUUCUAGAAUUGGAUAGAUAAUUUAAAAUAUGACUGGACUUGAGCAUCAUUGUGAUAAGACCAAAAAGAAAGCUACCAAGCCGGACUGACCCAAAAUCUUGAAAAUCUUUGGCACUUUAUACUCCCAAGAAGAAAUUUUCAGUCUGGAGUUAAAUAAUUUGAUAUCUUAAACAUGGAGUUUAGUCCAUUAGUGACCUUUAUCUCCAGUCACUUGGGCAGCAUGACUUAUGAUAAAUUGUCUUGUUUUUUUAACAUAAUUUGAAAAUGUUGUACUUUAAUAUGUAAAUAUUGCUUUCAUUGUAAAUUGCUGUAAUUAGUUGUUAAAUUUAUUUUUUUGGCUAUUUCCUUUUUUUUUCGAUAGACCGAAUUGUAUCAUUAUUAUAUACAGGUAGAGUUCUGCAUUUCUGACCUCAUAACAUCAUAUGAAAUCUCUGCAUUUGAUACAGCCAAGUGUCUCGACAUAAGCUACACUUUACAAUGAGCCUUUAAACUGAUGUAACGGUUUUAAACUUAACUGUACAACAUUGCAUCUUAAUAUAAGGUGCAUCUUAAUAUUGACAAUUAAAGGAAAUGAGAUGCCAAUUUUUGUGUUUUUCUUUAAUUGGAAAUUAUUGGUUUUGAUGUGCGAGUUGAUAAAGCUAUGAUGAACUCAGAGGAGCUGUUGAGGCCGUAAGCUGCUAUCAUAUCGAAUCUGGACCAAAAAUUUGGACCAGUACAUUUUAGAUUAUUCGCAAAGGGGCAAACUCUUCUAACGCUCAGAAGUUCUGAGGGUUUUAAAACAGAUAUUAUGUUAUUUACAGCAUUUUAUAUAAUAAUAGAAUAAUUUUUCAGUCGAUCUUAUUCUACUUGGCAAAUUGUUGUUUUCCAUUACCGGUAAUUAACAAUCUGUAAGUGGAAUUUUAUCCAAGUUGAACAAUUUUUCAAUGUCAUUGGGCAUAUUCGAUUGGAACUUAUCCGUUGAGUAUGUUGUUAGCCCCAUACAGUAGUACAAACUCGACAAGUAUUUCAAACGUCAAGUACAAACUCAAUAAAAAGGUGUUUGUUGAGCACUUUCUGUUCAGCACGGAAGUGCCCAUUCGAGUUUGACAAUUUUGGAUUUGACUUAUGCAAUUUCAACUGUAUAUACUAAAUGAAUUUGUGCAAGUUCAAACUUAAUCCAGUUGUAAAUGUUCCAAUAAGCAGCUCUUCCAUAAGCAACGCAUUGAAGUCUCAUGUUUGUAGGAUGCCUUGGCACUUUUUAAGAUAUUUACUAUAAAUAUAUUUUAAUUUCUACAGUAUUAACCUUAUUCAGAAAAAUUCAAUUUGGGGUAUUGGUUUUUGUGUUAAGUGGAUGACAAUUGUGUUAGUACAAUAUUUAAUUUGCUCAAAGGGAUUACAAAUGAAUGAUUACAAAUCAAUAGUAGCAGAUUUACAUCAGCUCAGUUGGCUCUCAAAUGCCAGGGGAGUGGCGACGCCAAACCAUCUGUGAACAAAAUUUGCUCCAAACAAGGUGGGAUGAGGUGAAUUUUUCCCAUCAGGAAAUUUCUGGCAACCUUUUGGGUACAAGUUGUAACAAAUACUGUAGCUAAUAUUUUGUCUCUAAAUAAAAGAAUAAAAGACA